CUGGCCGCGCCGGGGUGCUGGUGGGGUCGGGUGCGUCCCGCCACGAAUGCAAUCCCAAAAGGCUGGAGCGGAGCCCUGCGUACCAUUGAUUCCAGGAUGGGCCACGCUCUGCUUGGUGGUGCCGAAAAAUGGGACAAGAGGCAACGGAGAGAAUCUGGGACACGGGAAGUUCCCCCUGAAUGUGAGGAAGAACUUCUUCCCUGUGAGCGUGACUGAGCACUGGGACAGAUCGCUCAGAGAAGGAUCACUGCUGAGAAAAAUGACAGCUGGCUCUGUCUCAGUUCCUCAGAUCAUCCCACUUCGAAUCCCACCUCCAGGGAAAGCUCAACGGGAAAUAGACACAAAUACUCUCAUAGAAAUAAAAUCAGAUACACCUGGGGCCUCUAUUUAUUACACUUUGGAUGGAAGUAAACCAGAACUUAUUAGGAAACGUGGCUAUGGGGCGUGUAACACUUUGGAGUAUAAGGGUCCUAUCAUAUUACCAGUGGGGAAAAUAAUGGUCAAGGCCUUGGCAGUUACAAAAGACUACAGGGAGAGUUCAAUUGUGACGAAGGUGUUUGUGGUGGAGUACCAGCAACCAAACAUUGUUUUCCCUAUUGAAGAUGAUGACAAGAAUUUCCUAAAAGAUAUGGCCACACAGAAUAAGGAAGGUGGAACAUUUACUACAAAACCUAAGAAUAGACUGAAUGUGGAAAUCAAGCCUGCCUGGGAUGAAACGCCCCGAGACCUUCAAGAUAGAAAGCCUUCUCAUGGGUCCCCUCAAGGACCUCUCCUCCUUGCCAGUCCUCUGGAAGCCACAGAAUACAGAGAGGAGUCCUUCUCAGCACAACCAAUGGAGUCAUUGCAGUUUGCAAGUUCCUCUGCAGUGACUAGCCAAAAAAGCUUAGCAAGCACACAGGUGUCAAGGAUCCAGAGUGAAACAGAUUUCCUUAAAUGUGCACAUUGUUCUGCCCCUCGCCUGUGUGAGCCCUUGGCUCACUUCUGUCAGAAAUGUGGAUCUCCUAUCCCUCCUGUGCCAGUUCAGUGCUUCCCACUCCCCGAAGGACUACAGAUGGCACCCUGCCUUGAAUGCAGACAUCUUGUGCCAAUGAAAACACCCACUUGCAUUAUCUGUGAGUCACCAAUAGCUCCACAGCUGCAGCCCAAAACCAACACCUGCAUAAAGGGUAAAGUCAUUUGUCAGAUGUGUGGCACAGGAAAUCCUCUUCAUCACAAACACUGUGCGACUUGUGAGAGCAAACUGCCUAAAGUACAGAUGCCCAUGUUUGGAGGAGACUCCUGCCCACCUCUCCUGGGCCAGCAAAGGAAGAUGGCUCAGUGCUCAAAAUGCAACGGCAUGAACCAGAGCAAUGCCCGCUUCUGUGCCUGGUGUGGAGCCAAGCCUGGACCUCCUCCAUCCUAUUUUACUUGUUCCAAGUGUGGUACCAGCAACCAGCCCUAUGCUCGGUUCUGCAUGUCCUGUGGUGUCUACAUAGAGCCCCCAUCCAGACAGAGCUCUCCUGGUAGUCCCAUGGAUCCUGGGGACUCACUGGGAUCCUCUCAGGCAAAACAAUUAAAAGCUCAAGUUGCCUGGCAAAGUUGUCCUGUUUCCUUUCCCAAAUCAAGGUCAGCACUAACAGAAAAAGAAGAUAAAGGAACCCAAACCAUUGGAUUGUUUUAUCCAUCCAGCAAACUGUUGGAAAAGAAGGAGUUUGAGCUGAUUUCACAAAAAGAAAAGGGGAAAAACAUGAGUGAUCGUAAGCCUCUCCUGACAGCCAUUAGUCCUGGAAAAGGUUACUGGAGAAAACAGCUGGAUCAUGUUUGUGCUCAUGUUAGAAGCUAUGCCCAGAACAGCCUUGAAUUCAGAACACUGAUUGGAGAACCUCAAAUGGGAAAGAUUAAUUAUGCCACCAUCUCUGAAGAUGACUAUGAAGUCACUAUUACAUUGAAUUUUGCUAUUAACAAGGUUAUUCAUCCUAACAGAGCAGUGAAGUUCAGCAACGAUUACCUGAGUGCUGGAACAGAAGUCACAAAUGAACAGGAUGGCAGUCAGACUAAUUUUGACUCACGAGCUGUGAGCUCUAACUAGCAAGUUAGAGAAACAAGGUGAAAUGGAGUGCUUCUCUUUCCAAGGUUAUUUAAGCGAUAACCCCCAAUAACGAGGUGACACCUAUACUAUUUAUAUUUCUGACCCAAUAAUGACCACCCAAGGCCCACAAUGCCGACCUUUUUCACCCAUUUAUAGAAAACCACCCAAACCCAUGAAGAAGGAAGAAGGUGAAGAAGAAGGACUCAGACAACACCCAAAGCCCUCCAUCUUGACUCACAUGUAUUACUAUAUACUAAAAACUCAAAAUCUAAAUUUCCAGAAUUCCAACAUGAUUUAAGCACAGACUCACUCAAAAACUCCUGGGAAUACUUCAUCCCUGGAGAGCUGAGGAGACCAGUGAACUGCAGCCACAGGUCACAGCAGUGUUUUUAUUAUAGCACUGUAACUUUAGAUAUUUCACAUACUCUUUUACAAUAGGAACGAAAAACAUCAAUAUUAUCUCUACUUCUGAGCUUUGCCAAGGACUGCCAGCUCUGCCAUAUUUGGCAGAGAUAAGAAAUUAUGAAAUACAUUCAUGCAGAGAUGUUAUUUAACUGCCAUCUUCCACUGAUGUCAUUAACAGCUCAGCAUUUUGGGCAUCUCAUAUUGAACUUAGAUUUUCAUUAAAUCAACCAGUUGUAAAGUGAGCACUACAAUUCAGAAAUUCCUAUAGCAUCAUUUGACAUACUUAAUUCACAUGUAAGUUUCAUCCACUUUGUGCUUUCCAGUCUGAGGCUUGGCAAGAGGCAGUCACUGCACUAGGACCUGUGCAAACCACUGCUUAAAACCAGUAUGAACUGCAACAAAUAUUUCAUUACUCUCUCAUGUGGGAAACUGAUAAAUACUGCUUUGAUUAUGGAUAAAUUAUUUCCAGAUCUCUCCUCCAAGUUCUAGUUGGAGACUAGACUUUGCUUUGAAUUAACACUUGUUUUCCUCUCUGGUAGGCAGAGAUGAUCAUAAUCUUUUCUACUCAAGAGGCAAAAUAAAGAGAACCAAGUCAACAACAUU